AUGUCUGACAUCCAACCGAAUGACCACCGUGCCUACAUGGAACUUGCCCUGAGCCUGGCAAGGAAAUCCCCUCCCAAGCCCACAAAUUACAGGGUGGGAGCUGUAUUGGUUGACACCGACAAGAACAAAAUCCUGGCACACGGAUACACUUUGGAGCUACAGGGCAACACACACGCAGAACAGUGCUGUCUGAUCAAACUGUCUGAGGCCCACGGUGUCUCUGAGGAGAGCCUUGCUCAAGUGCUCCCCCAAAAUCUGGCGCUUUACACCACCGUGGAGCCAUGCUCGAAACGUCUCAGCGGCAACUUGCCGUGUGCUGAGAGGAUUCUCCGCCUGGCUGCGGUUAUCAAGACCGUGUAUGUUGGUGUCAUGGAGCCAGCGAAAUUUGUCGCAGACAAUACGGGCCGGGAGGCCUUGGAGAAGGCCGGCAUUCAAUUUGUCCAUGUCGAGGGAUUGGAGCACGAGAUACUCACUGUUGCAAAAGCCGGGCAUGAACCCUCAGAUUAG